AUGAGCCAAGCCUAUGAGGACCAAGACCCAUACUCCUAUGACCAACAGUAUGCUGAAGAAGAUGAGGAGGAGGACGAGGUUGAGGAAAUAACGCAGGAAGACUGUUGGGCCGUUAUUUCGAGUUUCUUCGACCAAAAAGGACUUGUCCGCCAGCAGCUUGACUCAUUCGAUGAGUUCGUGCAAAAUACAAUGCAAGAGCUUGUCGACGAGAACUCAGACCUCAUUCUUGACCAGGCGGACCAGCAUUCCGGGCACGACUCGGACAUGACUCGGCGCUACGAGAUCAAGUUUGGCCAAGUGUAUCUCUCCCGCCCAACGGUCACCGAAUCAGACAACACUGUUGUACCUGUUUUCCCCCAAGAGGCUCGGCUGCGUAACUUGACUUACUCUGCCCCGCUCUAUGUCGAAAUGACGAAACGGGUCCUGACCGGGCAGGAGGAUCCUCUAGGCGCCCCGGGAGACAUUCAAUGGAGAGAAGAGAAAGAGGAGGGUGGCGACGAAAGCACUGCCAAGGUCUGGAUAGGCAAGGUUCCCAUCAUGCUUCGGUCAUCGUUUUGUAUUCUGCGAGACUUGAGCGACCAAGAUCUAUACGACUUGAACGAAUGCCCUUAUGAUUCUGGAGGCUAUUUCAUUAUCAACGGCUCCGAAAAAGUCUUGAUUGCGCAGGAAAGAAUGGCCACCAAUCAUGUCUAUGUGUUCGCCAAAGCCCAACCUUCUCCCAUCAACUUUUUAGCGGAAAUUCGGAGUGCUGUGGAGAAAGGGGGAAAGACGAUCAGUCAGUUCCAGGUUAAAAUGUUCCAUCGAAACCAAGAGCGUUCAUUGGGAAAUGUCAUCAAGGCAACCAUUCCUUACAUCAAGGUUGAUAUUCCCAUCUGGGUUGUGUUUCGCGGACUAGGUGUUAUUUCGGACCGCGAUAUUCUUGAACACAUAUGUUAUGACAUGAACGACUCCCAAAUGCUCGAAAUGCUCAAGCCUUGUAUCGACGAUGGUUUCGUCAUUCAAGACCGAGAAAUUGCUCUUGACUUCAUUGGAAAUCGUGGCACAACAACUGGUCUUUCCCGCGAGCGUCGGAUACGAUAUGCCCAGGAGAUCCUCCAGAAGGAGAUGCUACCCCACGUUUCCAUGGCGGAAGGCUCAGAAUCUAACAAGGCUUACUUUUUCGGCUAUAUGAUCCAUCGUUUACUGCUUGCUGCGCUUGAACGCCGCGAGCUCGACGACCGUGAUCACUUUGGCAAGAAACGUCUCGAUCUGGCUGGUCCUCUGCUUGCGAAAUUAUUCCGAAUUCUGUUCAGAAAACUAACCAAAGACGUUUAUCGGUAUCUACAGAAGUGUGUUGAAACUCACAAAGAAUUCCAUCUUUCGUUGGCGGUUAAACACCAAACGAUCACCAAUGGUCUUAAAUACUCGCUAGCUACCGGUAAUUGGGGCGACCAGAAGAAGUCGAUGUCCGGCAGCGCUGGGGUGUCACAAGUACUGAACCGAUAUACUUAUGCCUCGACACUUUCGCAUCUUCGUCGUUGCAACACGCCUUUGGGACGAGAAGGCAAGAUUGCCAAACCCCGACAACUUCAUAACACGCAUUGGGGAAUGGUAUGUCCUGCAGAGACGCCCGAAGGUCAAGCAUGUGGAUUGGUGAAAAACCUUGCUCUUAUGUCUUGCAUUUCUGUCGGCUCCUAUUCCGCGCCGGUCAUCGAGUUUUUGGAAGAGUGGGGUCUGGAAUCAUUGGAAGAAAACGCCCAUUCCAAUACACCUGCCACCAAGGUGUUCGUCAAUGGUGUUUGGAUCGGAGUCCACCGUCAACCAGCCAACUUGGUCAAUACCAUCAAGAAACUUCGCAGAAAGGACGAUAUUAGUCCAGAAGUUUCUGUUGUGCGGGAUGUUCGAGAGCGAGAACUUCGUCUUUAUACCGAUGCUGGUCGUGUUUGUCGCCCUCUUUUCAUCGUCGAGGACCAGCAGCUUGUUUUGCAGAAGAAGCAUGUCCGAUGGCUUACUGCGAAGCAAGACGAGAACGGGGAAGAGUACAAGUGGGAACAACUCGUGAAAGGCGGAAUAGUGGAACUUCUGGAUGCCGAAGAGGAGGAAACGGUAAUGAUUUCGAUGACCCCCGAAGACCUGGAGCAUUCUCGAAUGCAAUCAGGCGGUGUGAAUCCUUUUGCUGGUGUGGAAAUCGACCCGGCGGCUCGCCUCAAAGCUGGGAUCAACUCACAUACUUGGACUCACUGCGAGAUUCAUCCUAGCAUGAUUCUUGGCAUUUGUGCGAGCAUUAUUCCCUUCCCCGACCACAAUCAGUCACCUCGUAACACGUAUCAAUCCGCUAUGGGUAAACAAGCAAUGGGGAUUUUCCUGACCAACUUUCUCAUUCGAAUGGACACCAUGGCCAAUAUCCUUUACUAUCCUCAGAAGCCGCUCGCAACCACACGGUCAAUGGAGUACCUCAAAUUCCGAGAGCUGCCUGCAGGUCAAAACGCAAUCGUGGCCAUUCUGUGUUACAGUGGGUACAAUCAGGAAGAUUCCGUUAUCAUGAACCAGAGUUCAAUUGACCGUGGUCUUUUCCGGAGUAUCUACUACCGAAGUUAUAUGGACAUGGAAAAGAAAAGCGGAAUUCAGCAACUAGAGGAGUUUGAGAAACCGACCCGGGACAACACUCUCCGAAUGAAGCAUGGCACGUACGACAAGCUCGAGGAUGAUGGAUUUAUUGCGCCGGGGACUGGUGUCCGUGGCGAAGAUAUCAUCAUUGGCAAGACCGCGCCAAUCCAACCCGACAGCGAGGAGCUCGGACAGCGGACACGAAACCACACGCGUCGUGAUGUUUCAACACCACUCAAGAGCACAGAAAGCGGCAUCGUUGACCAAGUUCUAAUCACGACAAACUCUGACGGCCUUAAAUUUGUCAAGGUUCGAGUCAGGGCCACGCGUAUCCCUCAAAUCGGCGACAAAUUCGCCUCCCGACAUGGGCAAAAGGGAACUAUAGGUAUAACCUAUCGACAAGAAGAUAUGCCCUUUACCGCAGAGGGCAUCGUUCCUGAUAUUAUUAUCAAUCCCCAUGCUAUCCCUUCUCGAAUGACAAUCGGACACUUGGUCGAAUGUCUGCUCUCCAAGGUCGCCACCCUCAUUGGCAACGAGGGCGAUGCCACACCUUUCACCGACCUGACCGUCGAGUCCGUUUCGACGUUCCUUCGACAGAAAGGCUACCAAUCGCGUGGGUUGGAGGUCAUGUACCACGGGCACACGGCUCGCAAGCUCCAGGCCCAAGUAUAUCUUGGCCCAACUUACUACCAACGGUUGAAACACAUGGUGGACGACAAAAUCCACUCGCGAGCACGUGGUCCCGUCCAGAUUCUGACGCGUCAGCCUGUGGAGGGUAGGAGUCGAGACGGUGGCUUGCGUUUCGGAGAGAUGGAGCGCGACUGCAUGAUUUCGCAUGGAAUCGCUGGUUUCUUGAAGGAGCGGUUGUUCGAGGCCAGCGAUGCUUAUCGCCUGCAUGUCUGUGAUAUCUGCGGUUUGACUGCUAUCGCUAAUCUGAAAAAGCAAAGCUUUGAGUGCCGAGCGUGUCGUAAUAAGACAAACUGCUCUCAACUGUACAUUCCCUAUGCCGCGAAGCUACUUUUCCAGGAACUGCAAAGCAUGAACAUUGCUGCUCGACUAUUCACAACGUCGACGGGGCGGAUACGAGAACAAUCAUGA